AUGACUAGCCCACCCGCAAACCGUAAGCGCUCACGGAAUCUAUCAACCAGUUCCGCAUCAUUACCAUCAGCAAAGCUAGCCGAUCCGCCAUCUGAUCGUGAUCGAACGUCUGCGACGGAUCGUGCAGCCGAAUCUCCACGCGCAGUCAAGGAGGACACAGUUGGAGAAGACAUGGGUGGAGAAAACAAAGUCACGGCGGAAAGCACUCUCGAGCGUGAAGAGGCAGAGACAUUUGAAGAGUACAAAGACACAAUGCCGAACCUCCACGAGAUCAAACAGGACCCCGAAUCAGCCGCACCCGGUGCUACUACAGCUUCGCCGGAAGCGCCUAACACAACACCUGAUCCUCGGGCGAUAGCUCGGAAGAUGUUCAAUGAGAAGGUGGACGAGCUCGCAGUUGGCCUCAUUACCUCGUCGCGACAAAUCAUCGGAAAGGCCAUUGCUAAGCUCGUUCAAGUAGAGGAGGAGUAUCGCCAGCCUCUUAUCCAGGCUGCAGAGAUAGCUGCCAGAGAAGAAGGUCGCAGGGAAGGCUAUGGCCGAGGUUAUGCUGCAGGCUUGGAACAAGGCAAGAAGGAGGGUUAUCAGCAAGGUAAGAACGGUGGCGACGAGGAGGGCAAGAACGAUGAAGAUGCGUAA